AAAACAAAAAGUUCAAAGUUGCGCUUGCGCAGACAUCUGAGGGAAGGUUUUGUGGGACCUUGUUGCGUGCGUUUUCUCGCCGUUUUAUUUACUUCCCUGUUAGCACAUUUAAGUGUAAUCUACGAAUGUGAAAUCCGUGGCGUACAGUCGUCGCCGCACAGUCUGAGCUAUUCUACGGGCCAAUGGGACUGGGAGAAACGCUGGCGAUACUUGCCCCACUUGGCGAGCGCGUCCUAUGAGUGGGGUCGAUAAGGGCGCUUCUAGCGUCUGUCCCUUGGCUAGGCUUUAACCCUAUGGUUUAAUAAGGUGUGCCGGCAUGGCAUCUGGCCAGAACCAGGCGGGACACGAGGGAAGCCGGAUUCCGCACAAGGUCUUCAUUCAGCGCGACUACUCUGAGGGAACAUCCGUCAAGUUCCAGACAAAGUUCCCGCAAGAACUUGAAGGCUUGAUAGAGAGGCAUGUCUUCGACCAGACGGUCACCACCAUCAAUAGUAUAUACUCGGACGCGGAGAAGAUGAAUGGAAAGACGUUUUGCGAGGGCUUCACGGCUUGCCUGACCGCAUACCUGCUCUACCUGUGCAUGGAAACGCACUACGAAAAAUACCUCAAGCAGGCUGCCACCUACAUAGACGAGCAAAACGAAACUGUCUACGUGCCACGGGGGCUACUCAUCACAGAUCCGAUUGAACGAGGGCUCCGCGUUAUCGAGAUCAGCAUCCUGAGCGAACAGAGCGCCAGGUCAUGAUCCCUCGCCCUGCUCGGCGAAGCGCUUUUUUUCCGGCCUACGCGAUGCUUCCCAAAUUGUCGGUGCAGCGUGUCACGGACGAGCACUCUCCUGACGGCUUGGGACAGAAGUUGGGCGCCGUUGUGUGUACAAAGCCAGCUGUGCACGUCCGGUUGCUUGUCUGCCUUGGCGCUCCACGUGUGCUUGAGAGAAACAGUGGAGCAGUGGGUGACAUGUGUAUUAUAAGGGCAAGUGUGGUUUCUCGGUUUCUAUGAUUAAAGCUCACUAACAAAUGCC